AUGAUUCUAGAACCUUACCUAUUACAAGAAAAGAUUGUGGCGGUGGAUACUGAACGGUUCCAUCUGUAUGCUUCUUUGGUUUCACGAUAUUGUUCUGAGAUCAUGUUACCAUUCAAUGAGGAUGGUGCUCAAAGAGUUCUUGUAGUUGGUUAUUGGUGUGGUUAUGUGGUGAGAGCAGAGUCGCUGGGAUCGACCCACGACGAGAUAGACUUCGAAUUCUUGGGGAACUUGAGUGGAGAUCCCUACAUUCUUCAUACCAAUGUUUUCGGCCAAGGCAAAGGCAAUAGGGAGCAGCAAUUCUAUUUGUGGUUUGAUCCCACUGCUGACUUUCACACCUAUUCCAUCCUCUGGAAUCCUCAAGCCAUAAUCUUCUCUGUGGAUGGCACGCCUAUUAGGGAAUUCAAGAACAUGGAAUCAAUGGGUGUUCCCUUUCCUAAAAAUCAGCCGAUGAGAAUAUACUCCAGUCUUUGGAAUGCGGAUGAUUGGGCCACAAGAGGUGGGCUGGUGAAGGCAGACUGGACCCAAGCACCCUUCACCGCCUCCUACAAGAAUUACAUUGCUGAUGCUUGUGUGUGGUCCUCCGGAGCAUCUUCAUGUAGUUCACCUCCAUCUUCUUCAACCUCUGGUACUGCGAAUUCGUGGCUCACUCAGGAGUUGGAUUCUACAAGUCAAGAAAGACUAAAAUGGGUUCAGCAAAACUACAUGAUUUACAAUUAUUGCACGGACACGAAGCGCUUCCCACAAGGUCUCCCUCCAGAGUGCACCUCCAGCAUGCCUUAAUUGAAGAGGAUCCAGUCACUUUUUUUUUUUUCUUUUUUUUUUUGGUCUUCAAUCCCAUU